AUGGAUCCUGGGCACGUUCAGCUUUCCGCCUCUAACGACGGCCAUCUCUUCGUUCCCACGGGUCAUCUCGAGUAUCAGGGCACGGUAUACAACAUCGAACCGGGCCUCUGUGUCGACAAUGGCGGCACCUGGAUUGCUGAUCAGUUUCCCAGGGGCUGCGACAUACCCAUGGAAACCAUUACCUAUACCGACCUGAGCACCGCUGUGGUGGACAGCAAGGCUGCGCGCGACGCCCCUUCCGAAUUGGCUGCUCCUGGCAACACGGAGCACGCGCACUUCGUUGAGAAUCUUGGUAUUCUCGCCCUCAUCCUCUGGGCUCUCUGCCUUCUCAUGUGGGUCCGAGACUUCUUCAAGUCCGUGAAGUCGAAGCGACGUGCGCAAGCGGACUGGAAGAUCCUGGUUCGCACCUCGGGCAUGGACGUCGUGAGGGAGGAUGUCAACGAUAAGGGCGAGAGGGUAGAUGGGAAUCGCGACAAGCUAAUGGAGGAGGAACACGCUGUCUGCCGCGACAGCCAGUCGCAGUUGGAGAACGUCUAA